UACCCGGCCUCCGCAAUGUGCUGAGGAGGAGCAGCUCCAACUCCUGCUGCAGUCCGCAUGCACUUGUGAGGCGCUCUGCGCGGUGGCAGAACACUGUGCAAGCCUCCGCUAACUUUCUGAGCCACGACCAAGAACACAGAGUGUAGAUUAUAAAGACGAGAGAGACGUAGGCUGGAAAUACACCCCGCUGCUGCUGCUGGAGGAAACCCAACACCCCGAGUCUGAGCCCUGAGAUCCUGCUGCUGCUGCUGCUGCUGUGGAGCGGAGAACCUCGCUGUAGUUUCAAAGGAUGGCAAGAUCCAAAAGGAGAUGAAAGGAGGGGAGCGGGAGGGUUCUGUGGUUCUCUGAACACUUAACCCGGAGCUGACAAUGAAGAUGAGCGUGGAAUGCAGAUGGAUCGGUCAAGACAAGUUCCCAAUAUAGAGCCGCCCGUCUGGAGUUACACCUGAGUGUGUCUGUGUCAGAUGGAUUAUGUGCUGUUUUUUGUGAGCUGCUGACAUGAAUUCAAAGGCCAGUGAGAUGUAGAAGCGCUUGCCUCCAGGAGAAACCUGAAACUCGGAUGAGCGCUGGCAGACGGUUGGAGUGAGCGAGGUCAGACCAUGGACUUGUUAUGGUGCGGCACCGGAGCGACUGUGUGCUUUUAACCCACCCGUAGCGCCCUCGACCCCCACCCCAUGUCACAUCUUGCCCUGAAUUAUGGAAAUGUUGUGGAGGACACUGACUUGGACACUGAGCCUGGUGGUGAUGGCUGCGUCUGAAUUUCAAAGCUCCAGCAGACUUUCGCACGACUCUCAAGAGGAGUUCCUGUCCUACCUGCAGCACUACCAGCUGACUGUCCCGGUGCAGGUGGAUGAGAACGGGGAGUUCCUGAGCUACACUGCGAAGCACCACCGGCCGGGUCGACGGCGCCGGGGCGCGGUGGACCCGGUAUCGGACCCAGACCCACCGGAGACCCGAGUGUUCUACAGACUGUCAGCCUACGGGAAGCACUUUCAUCUGAACCUGACGCCCACCCCCCACCUGGUGUCCAGGCACUUCACGGUGGAGUACUGGGGGAAGGAGGGUGUGGAGUGGCGCCACACCAUGGUCCACAACUGCCACUACGUGGGGUUCCUGCAAAAUCAGCAAAGCACGACCAGAGUGGCGCUCAGCAACUGCAAGGGCCUGCACGGUGUCAUAACCACGGAGGAGGAGCAGUAUCUCAUCGAGCCGCUGAAGAACGCGACCUCCGCCACCUCCGACGGACGGAACCUGGAGGAAGCACAGCAACAUGUUAUUUAUAAAAUGUCCGCCAUUCCCUCGCCGCCGGAGCAGAGCCAGGAGUUCAGCUGUGGCAUUUCAGACCUCAUUAAAAGCAGCACACCUUGCCGGCACAGCCCGACCCCCCCCGCCCCCCCCGACGAGAGCGCCCGCCGCCGCCGCCGCCGCAAGCGCUCCGUCAGCGCCGAGCGCUUCGUGGAGACGCUGGUGGUGGCCGAUAAAAUGAUGGUCGGGUACCACGGACGCAAAGACAUCGAGCACUACAUCCUGUCUGUCAUGAACAUUGUUGCCAAACUUUACCGUGAUGCCAGUCUAGGAAAUGUUGUGAACAUUAUUGUGACGCGACUGAUUGUUCUCACUGAGGACCAGCCCAACCUGGAGAUCAACCACCACGCUGACAAGUCUCUGGACAGUUUCUGUAAGUGGCAGAAGUCCAUCCUGUCUCACCACGGCGACGGCAACAGCAUUCCUGAGAACGGGAUGGCUCACCAUGACAACGCCGUCCUCAUCACCCGAUAUGACAUCUGCACGUACAAGAACAAACCCUGUGGCACCUUAGGCUUGGCCUCGGUGGCUGGAAUGUGCGAGCCCGAGAGGAGCUGCAGCAUCAACGAAGACAUCGGCCUCGGUUCUGCUUUCACCAUCGCACACGAGAUCGGUCACAACUUCGGCAUGAACCACGAUGGGAUCGGUAACUCCUGCGGGACCAAAGGCCACGAGACGGCCAAGCUGAUGGCCGCUCACAUAACAGCCAACACCAACCCCUUCUCCUGGUCCGCCUGCAGUAAAGACUACAUCACCAGCUUUCUGGACUCAGGUCGGGGGACGUGUCUGGACAAUGAACCUCUGAAGCGAGACUUCCUGUACCCAACAGUGGCCCCGGGGCAGGUGUACGAUGCGGACGAGCAGUGUCGCUUCCAGUACGGUUCCUCCUCCCGCCAGUGCAAGUACGGGGAAGUGUGUAGAGAGCUCUGGUGCCUUAGCAAAAGCAACCGCUGUGUAACUAACAGUAUACCGGCUGCGGAGGGGACUCUGUGCCAGACGGGCAGCAUUGAGAAAGGGUGGUGCUACCAGGGGGAAUGCGUUGCGUUCGGCACCUGGCCUCAGAGUGAGGACGGAGGCUGGGGGCCCUGGUCCAUGUGGGGGGAGUGCAGCAGGACCUGUGGGGGAGGUGUGUCCUCCUCCAUGAGGCACUGUGACAGCCCAGCGCCGUCUGGAGGGGGCAGGUACUGCCUUGGAGAGAGGAAACGCUACAGAUCCUGUAACACCGAUGCCUGCCCUGCGGGUUCUCGCGAUUUUCGAGAGAAGCAGUGUGCCGACUUUGAUAACAUGCCUUUCCGUGGAAAGUACUAUAACUGGAAGCCUUACACUGGCGGUGGUGUUAAGCCCUGUGCUCUGAACUGCUUGGCAGAGGGUUAUAACUUCUACACAGAGCGCUCUCCUGCAGUCAUAGAUGGCACCCGGUGCCAGGCCGACUCUCUGGACAUCUGCAUCAAUGGAGAGUGUAAGCAUGUGGGCUGUGACAACAUCUUGGGGUCUGAUGCUAAAGAAGAUCGAUGUCGUGUGUGUGGAGGGGACGGCAGCACCUGUGAGGCCAUGGAGGGACUAUUCAACGAGUCACUACCCAGAGGAGGCUACAUGGAAGUGGUUCAUAUCCCAAAAGGCUCGGUUCACAUCGAGAUUAAAGAGACUGCCGUGUCCAAAAAUUAUAUUGCUCUAAAAUCAGAAUCUGAUGAUUAUUACAUCAAUGGAGCGUGGACCAUCGAUUGGCCAAGGAAGUUUGACAUUGCGGGGACAGCUUUCUACUACAAGAGACCCACUGACGAACCCGAGUCUUUAGAGGCACUGGGAGCUACCCAGGAAACCCUGGUUGUCAUGGUCCUGCUUCAGGAGCAGAACCUAGGAAUAAACUACAAGUUCAACGUGCCCAUACAGCGCUCAGGAAGUGGCGACAAUGAAGUGGGCUUCUCCUGGCACCACCUGCCCUGGUCUGAAUGCUCGGCUACCUGCGCUGGAGGAUCCCAAAAACAGGAGGUGGUGUGUAAAAGGCUGGACGACAACUCUGUGGUCCAGAACAGCUACUGUGACCAGGACAGCAAACCUCCAGAAAAUCAGAGAGACUGCAACACUGAGCCGUGUCCUCCAGAGUGGUUCAUUGGCGAGUGGUCGGAAUGCGGGAAGACAUGUGAUGGUGGGAUGAGGACAAGAACAGUCCUGUGUAUCAGAAAGAUUGGUCCUGCUGAGGAGGAGACACUGGAGGACAUCCACUGUCUGACACACCGGCCUAUUGAGCAAGAGUCCUGCAACAACCAAUCGUGCCCACCGAAGUGGGUCACUCUGGACUGGUCUGAGUGCACGCCUAAAUGCGGCCCCGGCUUCAAGCACCGCAUUGCCUUGUGUAAGAGCAACGACCUGACCAAGACCUUCCCGUCCGCCCACUGCCCGAGCCACAACAAACCUCCGGUCCGAAUCCGCUGCAGUUUGGGCCGCUGUCCUCCUCCUCGCUGGAUGCCCGGAGAAUGGGGACAGUGCUCGGCUCAGUGCGGCCUGGGCCAGCAGAUGAGGACGGUUCAGUGCCUGUCCUACACCGGGCAGCUGUCCAACGAGUGUGCAGAGUCCCUCCGACCCGCCUCCAUGCAGCAGUGUGAGAGCAAGUGUGACGCCACCCCCGUAUCAAACAGCGACGAAUGCAAGGACGUAAACAAAGUGGCGUACUGCCCGCUGGUGCUGAAGUUCAAGUUCUGCAGCCGAGCUUACUUCAGACAAAUGUGCUGCAAGACGUGUCAGGGGCACUGACCUCUGAGAGGAAGAGCGGAAACAAGGCAAUAGAAAAGAAAUGGAGGGAGGCUGAUAUGGCACUGAAAGGGCAUAACAGAAGAAAACAAGGAGGAGCGGGGGAAGAAAAACAAACUCUGGACCAGUGAAAGACGGACGAAGUGAACUGCUGGCAAGAGAUGUAGUGAAGUAAGGAGCUCCCCGUUCAUGGCAUCUGAUCCUCCUGCCCUCCAUCAUGGUGGAAUUCAAACCACUGCUCAGCUCCUGACGCUGACACUAAGUUUUUUUUUUUUUUUUUUUAAUUCUCACUUCUGUGAAGUGCAGCUUGGAAGGUGAUUUGUCGAUGAUGUUAUUUUUAUUACAAUAAUAAUUGUUUUAUGAAUCCAAAGUGCUGGACACAACGCUCACAGAUGAUGUGGCCCGGAGACGGACAGACGGACGGAGGAGGGGGCUCCUCGCCGGAGGACGGGGGUGGGAUUUUAAAGCGGCACAACCAUCAUGGUGCAAUUGGCAGACAGACUUUGGCUUGGGUGCACUUUAUGGUGUAAUUACUUUUGCCAAUUUGCUGCUCAGACCGAGAAACCCCAUCACUGUACUGUAUAUUUAUUGUACAAUUCCAAACAGAGCUGAGAUAUUGUCAUGUUUUUGUCAGACAGUAGCCGACUGGUAUGACAGGGAAUGUAAUGCCAUUGAUUUUCAGUGUCUCUGAGCUGGAAUGAAAAUAUUACAUACUGUAACAUAAGUUAAAUCCUUAUAUACUGUAAGGAUGUGUAAACCAUAUACCAGUUUAAUCCAGGACCUUAAGUAGCAUAAGGAGGAUUUUUUUCAUGUUUUCUUUCCCUUAGUUCCAGACUUGUCAUUUAAAGUUAACCCUUUGUCAGUCAUUAGUCUAAAGUAUUAAUAUAUUGUCACAUGAAACACAAUUGUUAAACUGGCCCUUACACGAGGAGACGUCCCUGUGGGAGAUUCCAGUUCUCUAUUGAAGGAUAAACUUUGAAGGAGCAUAUUCUACAAAACAAUAGAACAGUUUGACAUUUGUACUUAUUGUCCUGUUAUUGGCCAAAUGUGCUUAUUGACCUGCCGAGAAGUCAGGGAAACAAUACCACUUUGACUGUAGUUUCUCUUCGGUAUAAACCAAGAAGAUGAACCAAGUCUUUGGAUAAGCUAGUACUAUCCUGGCUCUGGCUUCUCUGCAUGGAAGGCUACUUCCCAAAAUGUCAAACUCACCCUUUAAGAGAGGCGCCUAAACACACACAUCACGUUCAUUGUGGUUUUGUUGCCAGACCACGUAUCCUGACUACACACACCCACAUCAAGGUUCCCCCGUUGUCCUCUUUCCCUUCCUCUCAUCAUCUUCGUCUCUCAGCGUAAAGACAAAAGCAGCCAACUCAAAGGCCUUGUCCCUGCUUUAAUAGUUUUUUUUAUCCAUGGAGUACUGUGUUUACCUCUUCUUUUCCUCCUGCUCUGCUUCAAGGGUUACAGCCUUCCCAGGCUUCUGGUGCUAUCAAGUGGGUGCUUCUAUUCAACCCUCUCCAGUGUGCUUAAAAAACGAGACUGGAUCCAAACAAUAUGAAAUACUAUCCUUGUCGAUCUCUCUGUUGGUAAAUGCUGGUCAUGUUAUUGUUACGUUUGUAUCGGUUUAUACCUCACACUGGGAAGUUUCAUUGUUAACCGCGUAUUGUUCGUCGUGCUGCCAACAACGCGGACCCUUACCAGUGAAGUGAACCCUUCGGCCGGGCGACAUUUCUGCUGGUUUAGAGGUUGUGAAAGGGAACAUCUGUCACACGUCUCCAUCACGGACUUGUCAAAGAGGUACAGGAGGAGUCUACAGAACCGGAGAGACAGUGUAGGAGUGCAAGGAACUCAUGGAAACUGUUGACAACUAAUGUUUAAUUUUGCUGCUGCUACUUUUUGUGUAGCCACCUUCAGUGAGACCACGUUGAGGAGAAUGGAUCAGUUACCAAACUCAGUUGGGUUGGGACAGUGGACAAGCAGCAUUUCAGACUGCUUCGGACUAACUCAUCGAAUGGCUUUGGGACAUGGGGACGUGAAAUCAAUCAAAAUGGUACUCAUUGCUGUGAACUUGUUGUUUGAAUGUCACAUUGAUUAUUCCUGUACCUAAAGUGCAAAAACAAAUGAAAAAGCAUCAUGUCAUUAGUUGCGUAUAUUUUAUAUUCAGUAUUAAUGUUGGUACACUGUUACUAAUUUUUUUUUUCAAAUGUAAAUUAUAUGCUAAUUUAUUGUGUUGUCUCACUUGUACAUUCAAUUUCACUGCAUGCAUCUGAAAGUUAACACAAAGUGAAAAAAUGCAGUGAUACAGCCCUUCACCAACCUUUUUUAAAAAGUAGAUAAAAUAAAAAAAAGGAACAGCUUUUAAGAGGAUUCAGUCUUAGUAAAUGAAUUUGCUUUGCUGUCACAGUGAACAUUUUUGCAGGGCGGUAUUCCGCACCAUUCAAUCAUUCUUAGGAUCUUGCGCACUUUUGAAUUUCGAAUACCUUCAACACACAACGUGAAGCCACCAACCUCCAACGUGCCAGUACCAUCAUGGGAGAUGCAAAGGUGAAAUACAUUUCCACCUGUCUCUGUUCUGCUGGCACAGUGCGAGCGUGGUUCUCCUCUCCCCCUCAUCCCAGCCUCAAGUGUCUGGAUUCACUCUAAGGUAGCUGUGAGGCUUCCACUCUCCUUUGUAAUUAAUUCCAAAUAAACAGUAACUAGCCCACUUGGCUGGGAAACAC